CUGCCAUAUACUUUUGCAAGAUUUUAACGUUUGUUUUUGGUGGGAGGCCGGCGUGCUUCACUUCUUCCAUCGAUCCAUUUGAAGAUAUAUCACACGAUGCCCGCAAUAGUGAGGGCGGUCUUACGUUCAGUGAGAGACUGGUUCAGAAAGUACCUCUACUUUUCCUGGCCUACAGUAUGCAUCCGGGGUUUGGUUUUCAGCCAUAGCUUCGCAAACCAUGCCAUAGUCUCUAUAUUGAUAACGUACCUCUCGUAUAUGUGGGAGCAUCCACAUUCUCAAAUAGCUACUGUAAUUUUGAAUAUCCAAGAUGGGGUAUCAGACAUUAUGGUGAUUGUCCUUGCGCAUAUUCCACGCACGUACAUGGGUUCUUUUAAAGUAAUCGUCACCACCAAUGCUACAUAUAUUAUAGGUUUGAUCCUGUUAUGGCUUUCUGCUAAGUAUAUGAGCGUGGGCACUGCAUCUAGAGUAUUCUAUGGAGCUAUGGUACUAAUAACAUUGGGCGAAUCUGGGCGGUGGGCUGUUUUGCAAGAAUUUCUUGAUGAACAAUACUUAAGCGAACAUAAUCAUGCAGAACUCCCAUAUGAUGUAAACCAGGACAAGAAAGAUGCUUUGUGGAUGCUCCCUUGGUUUUUAGGUGCAGUGGUUCCUCCUUUCCUUUUAAAAACAACUUGGGCACAAAUAUUCUUAAUUUCAACAAUUGCAAUGGGAGUUUCUUAUUUAGUGUUCUUGUUGGGCUUCCCCUGUUACUUUAUACACAAUGUCAACAACAGUGAACAAAGCCAAGAUGCUCGAACAGACGAAGUCAAUCACUUGGAUCAGGCACCAAGAGUCCUAGAACAAACAAGGUCAGGGAAUGUACGGAGACUCAUCAAUAUAUUAAAGAAAAAUGAACGUUUUCUGACAGAAACAUUAUCUAUAUGGUUAGCCUUCUUCCUUGCAUACAGUGUUAUAAGGGCAGCAGGAAGUACAUUCUUUUUUCAACAAAUGGAUAACUUAAAAAACCCAUUCAAUAACUAUGAUCCUGCAGUCUAUUUCAAUCUGUUUUCCUCACUUGCAAAGUACGUGAUCUCAUUUCUCUGGAAUCUAAUUCCAAAGACAUGGAAACCAUCACGGCUGAGGAUUUGGUGCGGAAUGGCUUGUAUUGUGCUUUGUUGUCUGGUUGCUUGGCAAGUAGAGAUCCACAGGUUAGAAACCAGUUCAAAUGCAAGCAUCUUUUGGUUAGCCCCUCAGUUCUUCUUAUUGGGAGUCAUGGAAGGCCUAGCGGUGUAUGGAAUGAUCGAUUUUCUUGUUGAUCGAGUGUCUGAAGGUGAUAAAGUAAUGGUUGGGUAUUAUGGAUCCCACACCACUGGCUUGAUCAUAGGUAUUGGAAAAAUACUUGUUGGUCUCAGUGUUUUGGCGUUCAGAGGAAGGUGGUUUGAUGAUAACAACUUGGAUGCGAGUCAUCUUGAUAAAUAUUACAAAGCAUUAACAAUCUUAACUUCUGUUGUCUUCUUCUUCUACUGUUGUAUUGCCCUUUACUACUAUUAUACGAGGGAAGAAUUACAUGACCAGACUCCUUCACCAGUGACAACUGAGAUGGUAAAUCAGCCAAAGCCAAACCCGUCGCGACAUUAUCCUAGUGAUGAAGUUACGGAGAAGGCUGAUGAGAAGGCUGAAGACUUUGGGCAGCUUGUGAGUCAAAUUUUUCAGUGUUAAGAGAAUUAUAUAGAUAUCGCAUGUGGUGUGGUAAUUUGCUUAUAGUUCAGCUGUGAGAAUUAAUAGUUGAGUGUUAAGUAUAUUUUUUUUACGUGUUUGAGAAUGAAAAAUAAUUUCAAUGUGUUUUCUAAACUACAUGGAAAAAAUAUCUUGGUUGUGUGUAGUCCCAAAACAAAAUAAAUACUUGUAGCUAGUGCUUGGAAAUGCUGUAGUGC